CAGCUUAUGUUGUCAGUGCAGCCUUUGGCGGUCGUUUUAUCCUUAACUCAACACAACUGCUUUCUCACGACGGUCGUGUUCCUUUACGUUUGCUCAUAUUUUCUCUCUCACCUUCUUCCACUACCUUCACCAAUCUCAAUUUCUUCUUUCAAUUCCAACCAAAUUUCACACUCACAACUCAUCAAAUUCAAAUAAAAAAAUGUCUCUUUUCUCCCCUCCAACACAUUCACCACUCCUUCUAAACACCCAAACCAAUCUUUCUUCAUCUUCUUCUCCUUCUUCACCUUCUUAUCUUCUUCCUCUUCUCACUUUCUCAUCCAAACGCUCUUCUUCAUUAACCCUCUUCGCUUCUUCAAAAUCAGGAAAUGAGUUGGCGAAAGAAGAUAAAAAAAUCUUACUUGAACGGUAUGGUUAUGACGUUGAUGCUGAUGAGUACUUUUCUCAAUCGUCUCCAAAGUCCAAGAGGAAAAAGGAUCAACAAAAGACAAGAGGAGGGAAGCAAGUGCCGGAUCCUCCUGAGGAACCUAAGCCUCCUCGUACGACACAUAAAUUGCUUCAGGUUGUUGGAGGAACAGCUCGAAGAACGAAGCUACUCUCACCAAACAGCAUGGAUGUGCGCCCCAUGAUGGAGGUUGUGAAAGGUGCAGCCUUUGGUAUAUUACAGGCGGCUUGUGGCUCUCCUGCAUCCUUGAGACCUGGACGCUGGUUAGACUUGUAUAGCGGUACCGGUUCUGUUGGAAUUGAAGCACUUAGCCGAGGAUGUUCUGAGGUUCAUUUUGUUGAGAUGGAUCCUUGGGUUGUAUCAGAUGUUUUACGUCCAAACUUAAAGGUGACCGGAUUCCUCGAUGAUUCAGUCAUUCACACUGUCCGCGUGGAGAAAUUCUUCGAACGCGCAGAGCAAUUUGUAGGAAACAAGGGCACAUUUGAUUACAUUAGUGUCACUCCUCCAUACGUACAAGUUGACUAUGCGGUGCUAAUGGGACUGAUUUCGGAAUCACCCUUUCUUGGAGAAGACACUUUUAUCGUAGUCGAAUAUCCUUUGAAAACCGACAUGCUGGAGUCUUGUGGACAUCUUGUUAAGAUAACCGAUAGGCGGUUCGGCCGGACCCUUUUGGCGAUUUAUGGACCAACAUGGGCUCAAAAGAAGAGGAAAUCAAAAGGUUGAUAAGCUUGAUGUGUGAAUGUUUAAAACAGUUAUGAGGACUUGUGUUUGGAUUAAAGAAGAAUGGAGGAAUACAAUUUUUAAGGACAAUGAGAGUGGGAAAAGAAACUCAAGAAAUAUUAGACAUAAUUUUUGGAAAUUUCUCAAUUCAUCUUUCUAUCUAUAUAUUUAAAUUUGCUAAAAUACAAUAUUGGAAGGAACCUUCUGUCUCUGCA